CAAACACGUCCAGUCUUCCACAUCCACGCGUCUUGGGCAAUCCCAUUUUGCCCACAUACCUCUACUUGUGCAGCUGCAGCCUAUAUCUCAUCAUCCUUAACAUCAAUCAACUCCCAAACAAACCCACCAAAAAUGUCCGACUACGGUGACCACGGUGACGAUGAUCGCGAGCCCAUCGACGAGCCCGCCUUCGACGAGGACCCGGAUGAGUACUACGAGCCCGAACCCGAGCCCGCGGACGACGACGUAGCGGGCAGACCCGGCGACGAAGUCGACGAGGCCGAAAACGACAACAACAUAGUCACUUCGGGUGACCCUAGCGCGGCCGCCAAUGCUGGCAAGGGCAACGAGAAAUCCCACAAGGACAAGAAGAUUCCCAACGACCAGCGUUCCACGACACCUUACAUGACCAAGUACGAGAAAGCUCGUAUUCUCGGCACACGUGCUCUGCAAAUCAGCAUGAACGCGCCAGUGCUGGUUGAUCUCGAGGGCGAGACGGAUCCUCUUCAAAUUGCUAUCAAGGAGCUGCGCGAGAAGAAGAUUCCUCUGAUUGUCCGUCGUUACAUGCCUGAUGGAUACUACGAGGACUGGACCUGCGAGGAGCUCCUGCAGUAAACGGAAACCUACAAGACCCGUCAGGGGUAAUAGGGGCGACCCAGUCUUUGGUCAGAAAAUACACAAAAUUGCAUUAGCGAGGGCGUUCAGGUUGAAAUUUUAUACACCAUAUUUGAUCAUUUUGGGACGGUUGGACUCGAUCCAAAGGGCAACAAGAAGAGCGCAAUGUGCUCCUCGAGUUGAAUAAAGGGCCCUUCAAAAC